AUGAUUUGGGCUAUUGAUUUCGAUGAUGAAAAACUCUCACUUUUACAGGCAGCAACGGGCGGUGAGAUCUGCACAAGUCCAUUCAAGAAAGAGUUCCCCUACAAGUGCUCACCGGUCGACGAUCAACGAUGGUGGACUUUUGAGGAUAAACCGGAACAUGCUGGGAUGUGUGGCCGCUCGGCUCCUCUCUACAAUGAUUAUUAUCCAGUGUGCGAUCCGGAUGAUCCAGGACACGCUUGCUGUGGGAAAUACGGUUAUUGUGGGUCGGGACCUGAGUUCUGCGGCUGUGCAAGUUGUGUCGAUUAUGGAGCCGAUCCGUCGUUGAUCCUCAAAGAACCGAUUCGGCCAGAGAGAAAAGUGACUUGGUAUACGCUUGCAUCCGGCGAGGGUCGACGUGGUCGUUGUGGCCCAAUGGCUCCACAUUUGGAUGGAGGACCGGCCACUUGCAAUCCGGAUGAUCCAAGUGCUAAAUGUUGCUCAAAUGGGGGUUACUGUGGAUCAACAAAGGAACACUGUGAGUGCCAGGGUUGCGUCGAUUUCUCGAAAACCCCUGACUAUCACUGGAAACCGGUUCAGUGGUGGACGUUCGCCGAGAACUCGAAUCACAUUGGCAAGUGUGGCCCCGGUGCUCCAGUUUUGCCGAGUGGCAAGACUCCAAAAUGUGAUCCGGACUCAAAUGCGCCAUGUUGCAGUCAAUCAGGCUACUGUGGCAACGGUGCUCUAUACUGUGAAUGCCAAGGAUGUGUCGAUUUCAAGAAAACCCCGAACUGGGAAUGGAGGCGCCAAGUGGUGACCGUGGUCUCGAGUUCACCGUCACCAAAUGCACCAUAUGGA